UGCUACACCUUCCUACACUAAUAGCUCAGAUUGGCCUGCGGAGCAACAUCCAGAUCACAAUGACCGAAUAUGUACUGCCAGUCGUCUGCACAGUCAGGGUCAUCUACACUUUUAUGGCAAGAGAAGAAGGCGACCUUACUCUCAAUAAAGGUAAGGAAUUACUUUGGUCUCUGCUUCAGCACCAAGAGGUCCUUUGCCCUCGUCCUUGACGGAGUGAAUGCAGCUCUGAAUGAAUAAAUGAAUGAGUGAUAUCAUCAAAGUACACGAUAAUGACGGUGGAUGGUGGAAAGGCACACUGCUGCCUGACGGCAUCUACGGCACUUUCCCUUCCAACUUUGUCGAAGUUUUGGAUGAAAGUAAUGGCUUCGUAGACAACCUCUUACCCCCAUCACGGCCGCAGAGCCAGCAGCGACACCACUCUCGGCACAGCUCCGUCGACAGCUCAAAAUUCACGAAGCGCAAGCCCGUCAACACCCAGCUAGCUAAGGCCAUGAGCCCCAUCGCGGCCAGUCAGCCAUAUGCUGCACCCACCACGAACGUGUCGAGUGUCUCCCUCGGUGCGCCGUCUCGAAAGAACCCACAGGCAAUCAUCGGGGACUCGGGUCUGUGCUCAAGCAUACCAGGCGCUUUCCCAGAAUCACUCAAUGAACCACAAACAUCGUCCACGGAAAUCUUUAACAAGGCCGCCCCCAACCCAGCAUACUCGGCAACUGAACAACGACGGCGGAACAGCACCCACUCAACAUUGUUGAACCCAUCAUCUCCAAAUGCUACUUUGUCGCCGCCAAAAGCCGCUGUUUCCAGACAAGUCUCUAACCGCUUUUCCAUGCCCAACUUGGCUGGGGACGCACUGAGACAGCUUCAAACACCAUCGCCGACACCAUAUAACGCAUACAAUGGCAGCCAGCCAGGAACUGCUGCAUUUGUUUCAGGAACAAUGUAUCAUCAGGACUCUAGCGAACAAGGAACAAGAAGUACUUCAACAUCUCGUAGCGCCUCUCAUUUGCCCCCAAAGCAGGACAGUCACCGCGAGCACAACCACUCGAGGGAUUCACAGCAUUUGCAGCCGGGGAUGAUGCCUCGCUCAACGGCAGAGUACUACUCCCAGCAAUUUGGGCCCGAUCAGCAUGGACCUCACGUGGUCAACGGAGGCAUUCAUCCACAAUAUACAGCCGUUUCGCAACAGCCCAUGCCACCCCACCAGAGCUAUGGGGACUAUCCGCAGCAUCGGCCAGGCUACAGGCAUAGCAUCGCCAACAUAGGCGAGCUCCCGCUUGAGCAAGUAUUUUACAACCACGACCAUUCGAAGCUAUCGUCAGAGAACUUGGCCAAGCACAAUUUGUCUCAAAACGCAAUGGACCGACAAAAGCCGUUAGGCAGCCAUGGUAGUCAUGGGCGUAGUCGGAGCCAAGUGAAUAUGAGGCUCCAGGGAGCACCAAUGUUCAAUCCAUACGACCAUCAGCAGCAGCAACAACAACAACCGAAGGAACUGCCACAGCCAGAGCGACUUCGCAGUCCAACACCUUCGGCUUCAGUCCAUCCACUGCCUGUCCCUCCAAGGGCUCCUAGUCCCUGCAUCAUUAUCCCCCAAUCUAAAGAAAAGUCCCAGCCGCUGUCUGCAGGGUAUAGCGCAAAAACCAGCUCGCCUACAGAGAAUUCUCCGACAGGCACUCCAGGCUCAGCCCAACACCAUCGACUCCCUAAUUCUCCUCCAGGACCCGGCACAACUGACCCUAGAAGGACAGGGACACAGACUAGUGCGGGCACAUCCAUGUCUGGGACAUCAGCAUUCGGUGGCAGAGAACUUCGAAGGAAGAGCGAUACCGCAAGGAUGCCUGUCAGUGCAACCAUGACAGCAUCUACGUUUACGGCUAGGAAAUUCUCCGUCGAUGCAAAAGGGGUGCUCGCCUCCGCUGCUCUCUCCACAGCAACAGCCUCUGGCUCUGGCUCUGGCUUUGGCUCAGGUUCAGGUUCAGGAACAGUACCAGAAGGAGGGACAUCAGGGUCCUCGGAGGAUGGAUCUGAAGACCUUGAGUUUUCGGGAGUGUACACUGCCAAGAAGCCCAAGACGACGCUGGUCCGAGCAUUCAAACAGAUUAUCAAUCCCAAAAAGGUCGCCGAGAAGGACGCUCUCCGUAACGAGAAGGAGCAUUUCGCGUGGCUCGAGAUGCAGAAGAGUUUGAAGCGGGUCAGCUCGCCUGAGCCGGGCAAGGAGCGCUUCGAUGGCAACUCAGAGGGCACGCAGGAACAGGAUCCGUUUGAGGUGCUCAAGAGAUGUCAAGAGGUGAGGGACGUACACCCCGGACCUGGACAGAGUGGCAUGCUCGAUUUUGGACCUAAUACGUUUGUACAGGUCGACAAGGUCGCAAGGAAUGUCAACCAGCGCGGACCACAUAUGACUCCGCAGCUACUCUCGCAGAAGUACCUCACGCGACCCUACUCAAAGUCGCCUCUGUCGAAGCUUCGAGUUCUGUUUAUCUGGGUGAGUGAGAACAUUCGACUGGAAGGAGGGCUCACGCGCGACGUCUCUGGUGGGAGGUACAAGCUGGGCCCAGGUGGCGAAUAUAUGGCUGCAUUGGCUUCAUUGGCAAAAGGGAAGAAUGGCAAUGGGACCGGCGGCGAAUCGCCUACCCUCCGCGCCGGAGCAGGGACCGCACCGCCAUCUGUGUUUAUGGCGGGUGUCGAGGAAUACGCACGCAGUUUCUUGAAGGAGGAUAGGCCCGAGCUGGUACAGGAUGUCCUUGCGACUCGGACCUGCAAAACUGGAGAGGGCUUUGCGAACCUGUUUGCGGAGAUGGCGCUUGCGGCUGGAAUUGAGGACGUUGGCGUAGUCAAGGGAUACAUCAAAGGACCCAUGGAUGUGUUCUCGAAGGAUGUGCCUGCACCGAACCAUGCCUGGAAUGUGGUUCGAAUCGACGGGACCUAUCGGUUCAUCGAUUGUUGUCUGGCGUCACCAUAUCACCCUGCGCAUUACCCGAAUCGACCUCAGACAGCCUCUUCGUUUUAUUUCCUCACGUCGCCUCUGGAUAUGGCGCUGUCACACUUCCCAGUGUUCCUGACGUACCAGUACAUCACGCCGUCAAUCCCUCCGCAGAUCUUUUUGCAACUUCCAUUCGUGCGACCGGCGUUCUUCGAUUUUGGACUGAGUCUGCCAGACUUCAAGAGAAGGACGAGACUGGAGAUCAAGGACGACGAGCCCAUUGAGGUGAUGGUCCGAAUCGAUGGAGGCGGUGUUGCCCAUGGCUCGAUGAGCGGCGCCGCUGCUAUUUUUGCACAGGGAUCCGGAAUAGUUGGGUCUACAGGACAUGCGGCGGGACUCUUUGGCAGCGAAUGUCUGGGGAGGGGAUGCGGAGAAGGCGUUGAGCUGAGAGCUGAGGUCGAGGUCAUGACCACUGACGGUAAGGUCAUGCGGAAGCGUGCGCUGGCUCAGGUCAUGAUCUGCAGUCCAUAUCAGCUGCCGCAAAAUGCUGUGAGUCGUCCUCAACAGGGUCAUCUACGACAAGGAUCGGGAUCAUCGUCAUUCAGCGCCUCUAACGGCACGGGAGGUAGCGGUAAUGGUACCAGCAUUGCUCCUGCAACGAUUGCGGCGGCAAGUAACCGACCAUAUCAGUCCCACCACUGCACGGGUAUCAGGAUCGCCAAGAUCAAGGCAGUUCUGCCUACAGAGACAGUUGUCGGUGCUGGAGGAGUCCGUAAGGGAGUGCUACACAUUUAUGCCGGCCGUAAGGUUGAAAGUGCACCAAGCAAUGCGAAUCCGUACUCCUUGGCUCUAACGCUGCCUGUUCGCCAUACUGGCAGCAUGUCGAAAGCACCGUUCAGCCUUGUGGUUCCACAUUUUUCGCCCUACGAGUUUUAUAUCAAGGCACCUCAGUCGGAGCUACUGUAUUACCCCCACACGUACAAGUUCUGCGUGCUGUCCCUUGCGGCACAGGCACAGGCCACGCUAGCGUCGGCAAGCACGGUCGCAGUAGCCGAUACGGAGCCCCAGUUCCCGAUGAUGGCCGGUGCGAAUGCGGGUGCGAAUAAUUCUACGAUCUCGAGUGGAUCGGGCAAUGUGAUAAGUCCACCUAGGCAUACGCGAUCCGGUACUGGAGGCGGGUCGGUUACGGGAUCGUCGUCGUUGAAUCCGCAGUGUAAGUCUCAGCAGCAGCAACAGCAGUCAAAUGGAGCGGGUGGUACCUUGCGGGGCCCGAGCGCACAGACAUUAGCCGGGCCAUCGCAUUCGACCUUGGCGAGCGGUACAGGCACAAUCCGAGGCGGCAAGAAUCAUCAUCCGUACCAAAAUGCGCAGCAUUAUCAGGUGGACUCUUCGACAUCCAUGGCAUCCGGGGCAUCUUUGUUGAGCAAUGCUGGAGUGGUCUCUGCGAACGGUGGUAGUGGAGUUGCGGUUCCGAGACCGGAGAGAUUGGUGCUGAGGACGCAGACAAACCGGGUUUAUAGGCUGGUGUAUAAUCCGGUGCGACAGUGCCAUGAAGCCGAAGUUGAAGUCAAGGAGAGGGGAACCUGGGAGUGUGUGCGGAUGGAUGAUGGCGGCAAGAGUCGGGUGGGUAGGGAGGGCACCGGGGGAGUGGUGAUUGCUUCGUGGAGAUGUAUUUAGCGCUGCUAAAUCUACUAUAUACAAAAGCAAGCGAGUCUA